GCUCCGGACUGAAUCAGCUCGAUUCCGCUGGCGUCGCCAUUACAAACAACCCCAUCCGCCUUCCAUCGCCGUCGCCCAAACAACUCUCGUGCCAGCCGCCGCUGUAUCUGCACGCACCUUUCUUAUUGCUACGCCCUAAACCGCGCAAACUCCGGCUGCAUUCGCUGGUCGUGUGUCAUGGGCAAUCAGCAGUCCAGCACUGGGGGAGGCCCCGGCGGCGAUGACAAGAACAAGAAGGACAAGAAGGACAAGCCCAAGUACGAGCCUCCACCACAGCCCACGACGCGCAUCGGCAGGAAGAAGAAGAGGGCUGCGGGACCGAGCGCUGCCGCGAAGCUCCCGACCGUCUACCCGACCGCGCGAUGCAAGCUGAGAUACCUGCGGAUGCAGCGCAUCCACGACCAUCUGCUGCUGGAGGAGGAAUAUGUCGAGAACCAGGAGCGAAUUCGGAAGGCAAAGGCUGCCAAAGAGGGCCAGCCUGCCAGCGUCGGCGGCGACGCGGACGCGCUCGAUCGGAAUGCCGAUGAGCGGUCGCGGGUCGACGACAUGCGCGGCAGCCCCAUGGGCGUGGGGAACUUGGAGGAGCUUAUCGACGACGACCACGCUAUCGUUUCCAGCGCCACCGGCCCCGAAUACUACGUCUCCAUCAUGUCGUUUGUCGACAAGGACCUGCUCGAGCCCGGAGCGAGCAUUCUGCUGCACCACAAGUCGGUUUCGGUGGUCGGGGUAUUGACCGAUGACGCUGAUCCGCUUGUCUCGGUCAUGAAACUAGACAAGGCGCCCACCGAGUCGUAUGCAGAUAUUGGAGGGUUGGAGGCACAGAUUCAAGAAGUUCGUGAGGCAGUGGAGCUUCCGCUGCUACACCCUGAACUCUAUGAAGAGAUGGGUAUCAAGCCGCCGAAAGGAGUCAUCCUCUACGGUGCACCAGGAACGGGAAAGACACUUUUGGCGAAGGCUGUGGCAAACCAGACCAGCGCAACUUUCCUACGCAUCGUGGGGAGCGAGUUGAUCCAGAAGUACCUCGGCGACGGGCCCCGGCUCGUCCGACAGCUCUUCCAGGUUGCUGCUGAGCAUUCUCCUUCCAUCGUCUUCAUCGAUGAGAUCGAUGCUAUUGGCACGAAGCGCUACGAGUCAACAUCAGGAGGCGAGCGUGAGAUCCAGCGUACCAUGUUGGAGCUCCUCAAUCAGCUUGACGGUUUCGAUGAUCGCGGAGAUGUCAAGGUCGUCAUGGCUACGAACAAAAUCGAAACUCUUGACCCUGCUCUGAUCCGACCUGGUCGUAUUGACCGAAAAAUUCUCUUUGAGAAUCCGGAUCAGACAACAAAGAAGAAGAUCUUCACGCUCCAUACCUCCAAGAUGUCCCUCAAUGAAGAUGUCGAUCUCGACGAGUUCAUCAGCCAAAAGGACGACCUCUCUGGUGCCGACAUCAAGGCCAUCUGCUCGGAAGCUGGCCUGAUGGCUCUCCGUGAGCGCAGAAUGCGCGUGAACAUGGAGGACUUCCGCGCUGCCAGGGAGCGCGUGCUCAAGACCAAGAGCGAGGGUGAACCAGAAGGCUUGUACUUGUAAGAGAGCGCUGGGAAUCGUGGGCAUUAUGUAUCAGUAGAUGCGAAUGAUGCA